AUGUGUCUGGGUGUGAUACUGGAUACCGCCGUGGCGGAGUGGAAUGCUAAAACACGGUGGGCUGGGCCAAACCUACAGGGAACAACAUCUCGGCCUCUCCGCCACCGUCUACAUAGCCCGUCUCGUCUAGUAGGGGAGCAUUCGGCGAAAAGCCGGACCCGUAGGUUGUUUGAACUCCAUUUCCUUCCGAUGUCAUCUCCACUGUCAUGCGAAGAUGCAGAAAAUUUGAUGUCUCAAUGCAAUCCCUGGAGCCUUCGAACAAUCGAACAGUCGAGGCCUGCGACAUUUAUCUCCCAGAUGACAGAUUCGCCGUCAACGGCGUGCAGGAUUGCUGUCAGCCGAGUCUGGCACCUGGGCUCCAGAUUUGUGUUGGUUAGGAGGGUGGGAAGAUGUGGAAAUUUGUCAAGUUCAGAUGAAGUCAGCAGCGAGAGAAAGCUUGCAAAGAGCAGAUUGGCCUUGGUGCCCAUGGAUUGGCAUCCACUGUUAUCACGUCAGCAGCUUGAAGCAAUUUGA